UCCCCUUCUCUUUUUAUUCAUCCAUCAUCUCCAUUUUUUAACUAUUUUAUUCUCUCUUCAUUUCCAUUACUUCAAUGGCAACCGAAAAGGUGGUAGUGAAAGAGCUUCUUCCACUUAUAAGAGUCUACAGCGAUGGUUCCGUGGACCGUCUCUUAAGUUCUCCAAACGUGCCACCCUCCCUUGAAGACCCCGAAACAGGAGUCUCAUCCAAAGACAUCGUCAUCGCAGACAACCCUUUUCUCUCUGCUCGCAUAUUCCUUCCAAAGUCCCACAAAAACUCCACCCACAAACUUCCCAUCUUCGUUUACUUCCACGGUGGCGCUUUCUGCGUUGAAUCUGCUUUUUCCUUUUACGUCCAUCGUUAUCUCAACAUCUUAGCCUCCGAAGCAAACAUAAUAGCCAUCUCCAUUGACUUCAGACUCCUCCCACACCACCCUCUUCCCGCGGCCUACCAAGAUGGCUGGACCGCGCUACAGUGGAUUGCUUCCCAUGCCGCCAACAGUGCCAGUGCCACCAACCCCGAGCCAUGGUUGGUCAACCACGCUGACUUCACCAAACUCUACGUAGGAGGUGACACCAACGGCGCUAACAUUGCACACAACUUGCUGAUACGUGCAGGCACAGAGACUCUGCAUGGAGAUCUCCAAAUAUUAGGUGGAUUACUCUGCUGUCCCUUCUUCUGGGGCUCCAAGCCCAUUGGGUCAGAGCCCGUUGAAGAGCACCACCAGAGUUUGGCCAUUAAGGUGUGGAGCUUCGUGUAUCCCGAUGCAGCUGGUGGAAUCGAUAACCCGAGUAUUAACCCUUGUGUUCCCGGGGCACCCUCUUUGGCCACACUUGGGUGCUCUAAGUUGCUUGUUACUAUUACUGGGAAGGACGAGUUUAGAGACAGGGAUAUUCUGUAUUACGAGAGCGUUAAGAAAAGUGGGUGGAAAGGUGAAGUUGAACUGUUCGAUGCUGGCGAUGAGGCGCAUGCUUUCCAGAUGUUCAAGCCUGAAACUGAUCUUGCUAAGGCAAUGAUCAAACGCUUGGCUUCUUUUCUUGUAUGACUGUUCUUCUCCCUUCUUCGUGAAGCGUUAGGAUUCAUCAUAGUCAAAAAAAUGAUGAUGAUAUUAGACACGAUAGAUAUGAGAGCUUCAGAAAUAAAAAGGGUGGGUCGACUUGUUUUUUUUCUCUAGUUUGAUAUUGAAUUUUACCAUUUUUAAAUUAUUGUAUUGUUUACUCGUUUGCAACUUUGUAUCUUUAAAGAAAUAAUUUUUUUUUUUUUGAA